GUUUGGUUUCACCCGCAUCACGUGAUGACGCAAGUGUCACAUGACGUUCUUUCCAGACGCAGCAACAUAUCCAAACAUCUCUGCAGUUGUUUCUCUUUCUUGUAAGCGAAAUAACGGAACCCAUUACACGAAGUUACUGUUGAAUAGACAAUCAAUCAGUUAUAAAGCAGCCUGGGUCAACAGAGUCGUUGCAUAUGGAGGUAGAGGAGAUGGAAGAAGAAGGACCUCCACACAUUGAAGAGCUCCAGUUGGCACAGCAGGACUCAGAGUGUAUGGAGAGCCCAGCCCCUGUAGAGAACGUGUUUGUGGAUAAGAAAGCUGUGGACAAACUCACAGAGGGAUUACUCUCUCACUACCUACCAGAUCUACAGAACUCUAAACGAGCCAUGCAAGAGCUCACACAAAAUCAGGUGAUAUUGUUAGACACACUGGACCAAGAGGUCACCAAAUUCAGAGAUUGUAAUGCCUUACUGGACCUCAAUUCACUGUUUACAGAGGCAAAGGUUUACCACAAUAAGCUGGUAAACAUAAGGAAAGAGAUGAUAAUGCUACACGAAAAAACAACUAAACUAAAGAAAAGAGCUUUGAAGCUGCAGCAGCAGAAGCAGAAGGAGGCGCUGGAGAAGGAGCAGCAGCGUGAGAAGGAGCUCGAGAGAGAAAGGCAGCUUAUUGCCAAACCUGCGAAAAAGUCUUAGGAUCCCCAAGUAUGCCUGCUGUAUGACUGGACCGUACAGGUGCUUUUGUAUGCCUUAGCCUAUUUAUUACCAUCAACUAUACUACACAUGACUGCUGAACAUUUUCCAAAGCAAAAGUAUUUAAGACUUUAAAAAAGAUAAUUUCUGAGCUUUUGGGCUUUUUAUUUCACUGGAGACAGGGAGAGGAGAGAGAGGAGGGAUUAGAUACGGUUUAGUUUCCAUCCCAGAAUCGACCAGGUACAUUGUGAUCACAUUAUAUCCAUUUGACAUCUCUAGGAGACUGACCCCUCAGCAUUUUUACAUUUCAGAAUCUGUUUCACUGCCAUCCAGUCAUUUUGAUACUGUAAUAAUAUCGAUUCAAAUUGGCUCGAUACAUGUGAUCUAUUAUAGUUUAGUUAUUGUUGUAUGGUAAUGCAGUUGACAGUGGUCACUAAUGUGACAUGUUUGCUCUGAAUUACUCUACAGUUUUUAAAAGAAAAGUACAUACGUCUUUUCAUAGCUUUGUCGUUUGAAUUCUCAGCAGGUUUUUAAAAGACAGACCAUUCAAAGUGUGUUUUUUUGUGUUAGAAAUAACACCCCUAUGUACUACCUUUUUAGCUACAGAAAUACUUUUGUGGGACAGCUUCUGGAGGAAAAAUUGAAUAAAUUGGUUUGAAAUGGGGCUGAGAUAUGGCUUUAAACACUGCGUUUCUUCACAUGUAUGACGCACACAUCUUUAUACGUGCACUGAAUUAGAGAAUUAGAUUUGUUUAUGUGAAAGUUAAAAAAAAGGAUUUAUUUUAAGAAAUUAAUUGAGGAAAAUCCAUUCCAAUUUCUUUAACACAAGUAAAAGUAGGGUGAUAUGCUUUGGGAUAUGGUUCACGUAAACAGUACAUGUGAUUCUUGGUAAGUAGGCUAAAACGUGCAAUAAGCAUGGUAUGGUCCUUUAUGAUGUUGCCAAUAUCACCACAAACCAAAGACAUGGACUAAAUCAUCAAAUGCUGGUACUUCUCACUGGUGACAAAAACAAACUCGAGCACUUCCCUGAGAGUGGAACAAAUCACUCAAAGACACUUGAGCCGCCGUCGGACAAUUACCAGGAGGAGAAUCAAUGUGUUUGCUGUCUUUUGUUAAAUAUUAAGUGUUAAUAUAAGUUGUUACAUACCCUGUUAGUGUUGAAGUUAUAUAACAGGUAUGUUGUUUAGAUAGAUCUGCACUAAAUAUAACUGACUUUAUUUCUGGGGUCCAGAUGAUGAAUUUAUGAAAAUUUGUACAAAACCUUACCCCCGCUAUACACAGCAGCUGUUUAUAAUUUGUUAAUGUGUUAUUUGUUAUUGUUAAUUGAUCUGUUAGAGCUCUCAAAAAGGCGCUAUGCACUACUCAUGCCUGGAACUCCACUGUUUAUGAAAUUAAUAAUAAAAAUAACACUAACUGGC